AUGUACAGUAAAGAUCAAUUUCUUUCACUAUAUAGAGGAUUACUAAGAUGUCAUAGAAUAUUACAAGAACCUAUUAAAUCGAUGGGUGAUCAAUAUGUCAGAACGGAAUGGAGGUUGCAUCUAAAGACAGACAAGAAAACAGCAUUCAUCUUUUACAAAAAGUGGCAAGAGUAUCUUGACUUUAUGCUGACGCAACAUCAAAAGAAUGAUGAUCUACUCAACAACACUAUAGAUGGACAGAAUAAUGAUAGCAACGCACUGCCAUCAUUUGGAAGACACAUGACUGUUCGUGAAUUAGAGAAACUAAACGAUGAACAAAAAGGUCAAUUAUCUAAACUUAAAAUAGAAUCAUUCCAACUAUUUGAAGAUGAUGCCGAUGGAGAAUCAACUAUAAUUGAUCCAGAUAUAACCAAUAAUAAGAAGUAA